AUGCAGCUCUCGGAGGUCAUGUGGAGGUGCUACAAUCGAGGAGAAGGACGACUAUGGCGACACUCCCCUCCAUUAUGCGCAUACAACGGCCAUACCACGGCCGUUAAGAGACUGAUCGCUGUCGGAGUGGCGGCCCAGGAGAGGACUGAAAGUGGUGAAACCCCUCUGCACAUCGUAGCUGGAGCCGGCCAUUUGGGGGUGUCUCAAUACUUGACUGAUCCUGGUGUCCCAAUCGAGGGGAAGGACGACUUUGGCAACACCCCCUCCAUUAUGCGGCAGGAGAUGGCCAUGUCGAAGUUGUGA